CCAGUUGGAAUGGGAGUAGUCUUGGUACAUUCUUAUUCAAAUGAUAGCAUCUCUAUCACAUGGGGAGAGAUCAGUGGUGAGAACAGCUACAUCUUAGUGAUAACCCCAGUCUCUAGUAAUGAUAGUAAAAGUAUUGAACAUACCGGAGACCGACAAUUUGAAUUUACUGGAUUGACACCAGGUCAGUUGUUUAAUAUAACUGUACGAGGUAACAACAGCUUUGAAGAAGGAAUUGUUUUGCAAAGAACAAAUCCAAACCCAGUUGCAUUUAUUGAAAUUACCAACACAUCUCUUACUACACUGACACUCAUUUGGAGUGAGCCUGAAGUGGAAGGAGGUCUUGAAGUUAUAUUUGGCGGCUAUGUUUUAACUUACAAAGAGAAUGGUGGCUCAGAAGUUAACCUUGGCUUCCUGGAAAGAGGAACCAACUUUUACACAAUUACAAACUUGUAUCCAACAACUACUUACACAGUUUUUAUUAGGACAAGAAUGGGAAGUGGAGACACACAAGAGCAUAGCUCAGUUGUAACACAUACAGAAAUUACAGAUGCUAUUGCCAAUGGUACAAUCUUUGUAAGGAGCUUCACUGAAAGAAGCAUUGAGAUCCUUUGGCCUGACAAUCCAUUUGCAUUGAAAUACACUGUUUAUGUUUGGCCAACAAGCGGAAGCAGAGGGGAAGGCAUGUCUCAAGACACUGGCAAUACAACAUCAGCUUUGAGAAAAUUGACAGAUCUUGUUCCAGGAGAACUGUAUACAAUUCAG